GUUAAAAGUUCAAAGUUUGACUUGGGUGAAAAAAAACACUUUUUGUGGAUUCGUAUUAAAUAACUUCUAGCAACAUGACAGCCCAGUGUAUGGGAAUCUUUGGGUCACACAAGUGGCUUUACCCGGAUUAUCUGGACAAGUAUGACAACCAAGUUUUGAAGCCCCGCGAGGAGCAAAACGAUACCGACAUCCGCGGCUAUAGCGCCGACACUGUGUGGGUGAACAAGCGGUACAUCCCGACCGAUCUCCGCAGCACAGCCCCGGUACCAAGACACAAACUCAUGGCACCCAAGGCCUUACCCGGUGCAGAACCACACUGGGUUCCACUGGGCGAGUCUUCUUUGAGAGACAUUUCAAGAGCGAAUGAGGAAUCUGGUAUUUGUGUGACAGCACCAAGCACUCGGUGCGAGGAAUGGUCAACGCUUCGCCAACUGUUGCCGUCCAAGGGGCGACCAAUCACGUUUGGACCGCCUAACUGGGGAACAGGAUCGGCACUGCCUCCCAUCAUGGUCAAACGAAAACAGACAAGACAUCCACAUAUCAACAGCCCAAUGACAAGAUACACAGAUGACAUGCACCUGACAAAUCGUCUCUUCAAGCUUCAUUAACUACAUUACAAGUUCAUCCAACUUUCACUGACUGAGAUGUUAUAAUUUUUUACAUUUUUGACUUAAGUUUACAUGUUUGUUUGAGUUCAGAACUUCGCCAAAAAGUGCUAGAAGAAGCCAGGGCCCAAAUUCAUAAAUUCUGCUUGUAUUGCAAGAAAUGAGUGGGGUACCAGUCAGCAAC